CACACUUGUGUUUUGAGCACCCUCUUCUUAUUCCCAGCACACACUCUCUCUCUCUCUCUCUCUCUCUCCAUUUGAGAUUUCCUUCAAUGUUGGAGGAGGCAUCAUUGUAUAUAGGAUACUAGUGUGUGUCUUGUCUUUGUUCAAGUAUACGUGUUUUUGUGAGGCAUACGUUUGUUUGUUGAUUUAUUCUUUAAAAACCUUCUAUUUUAAGGAACUGGGAGGAUUGGAGAUUUGGGAUUGAAUUGGAAAAAGAAAAAAAAAGAAGAAGAUAGAAAUGGAUGAUGAGUAUGCUAAGUUCGUGAGGCGGAUGAACCCACCCAGACUCUUGUUCUUGCAGAGUUGUGAUUGACAAUGAUUCUUGUGAGGAUGCUACUAUUAUCCAGGUUGACAGUUUCAACAAACAUGGAAUUCUCCUAGAUGUUGUCCAAGUGCUUGCAGAUGUGAACCUUGUCAUAACAAAAGCUUAUAUCUCAUCUGAUGGAGUAUGGUUCAUGGAUGUGUUCAACGUGAUUGACCGUGAUGGCAAAAAAAUCAGAGACAAGGACAUUAUCAAUUAUAUACAAAUUAGACUUGAAAGCAAUGCCAGCUUUGUACCGUCUAUGACAGAUUCUGUUGGUGUGACGCCCUCAGAAGAGCAUACCUUAAUUGAGCUCAGUGGUACUGAUAGAACUGGUCUAUUGUCUGAAGUGUGUGCUGUUCUUGCAGACCUUCACUGUAAUGUGGUAAAUGCUGAGAUAUGGACACACAAUGCCAGAGCUGCUGCUGUAGUUCAUGUCACAGAUGAAACCACUGGUUGCGCAAUUAAAGAUCCAGCGCGCCUCGCUUCAAUAAAGGAGCUGCUUUGCAAUGUCCUCAGAGGAAACAAUGAGUUGAAGGCUGCCAAAAUGACGCUUGCAACCUCUGGAGUUACAAAUAGAGAUAGAAGGUUGCAUCAGAUUAUGUUUGCCGACAGAGAUUAUGAAAGGGUUGGAAGAGCUGAAUUACGCAGAGUUGAGGAUAAGGGCUCAAGACCUCAAGUAACUGCCUUUGAUUGCAGUCAGAAGGAUUACACUGUCAUUACUAUGAAGGCAAAAGAUCGACCAAAAUUGUUGUUUGACAUCAUUUGCACUUUAACGGACAUGCAAUAUGUGGUAUUCCAUGGAAUGGUCAAUACAGGGAGGACAGAAGCUUAUCAGGAGUUUUAUAUUCGACAUGUUGAUGGAGUUCCUAUAAGCUCAGAAGCCGAGCGAGAACGUGUCGUGCAGUGUCUUGAAGCAGCCAUUGAAAGGCGGGCAUCUGAGGGGCUUGAACUACAACUGUGCACUGAUGACCGGGUUGGACUUCUCUCAGAUAUCACUCGGAUAUUCAGGGAGAACAGUUUGUCUAUCAAACGAGCAGAAAUUUCAACUAAAGGUGGAAAAGCUUUGGACACUUUCUAUGUCACAGAUGUGACAGGAAAUCCAGUUGAUCCCAAGAUGAUUGAUUCAAUUCGCAGAGAGAUUGGCCAGACCAUACUGCAGGUGAAAUGCAAUUCAACCCCUCCACCACCAAAGUCCCCUCAAGGGACAACAAUGGGAUUUCUCUUUGGGAACUUGUUCAAAGCUCGAAGUUUCCAGAGUCUUAAAUUAAUCAGAUCCUACUCUUAGUUUCUCUUUAGAACUACAAACUGUAAAAAGGUUAUCCAUGCUUCAAGUCUAUAUAAGUAUACAGGAAUUAAGGAACACUGUAUAUGGCCACCCUAAACCUGCAAAGCUGACUUUUAAGAGUAGAAGAAACCCAAAAACCAAUCUAUACUGUAAAAGCUAGUGGUUGGGUUUGCAUAUAUUUAUGUAAAUGAAUGUGUGUAUAAUGUACAUAGUGAUGUGCAGAGGUUGUAGAAAGAUAGAGCGUUAUAUGCUAAUACUAGUGUUUAGAAGAAUAGAAGAAACCCAAAAGCCAAUCCAUACUGUAAAGCUAGUGAUUGGGUUUGUAUAUAUUGUACAUAUGUAAAUGGAAGUGUAUAUAAAUAUACAUAGUGAUGUGCAGAGGUUGUACAUAGAUUGAAAUUUGUACAGAUAAUUUAGCUCCAUGAAAUAUGAUGUAAAUAUAUAGAUAAA